UUUUUGUUUUUUUACGGCAUUUAUCUGUCUUUUAAAACCGUAUAUUCCUUCUUUCCUCUGUGUUUUUUAAUCUACUGCCAGCUGACUUUGACGCAAUAUGCCUUCAGAAAAAACCUUCAAACAACGGAGGACAUUUGAACAGAGAGUAGAAGAUGUCCGACUGAUCCGGGAGCAGCACCCCAACAAGAUACCCGUCAUCAUCGAGAGGUAUAAAGGAGAAAAACAGCUCCCUAUCCUGGACAAGACCAAGUUCCUGGUGCCGGACCACGUCAACAUGAGUGAACUCAUCAAGAUUAUCAGGAGGCGUCUCCAGCUGAAUUCUAACCAGGCGUUCUUCCUGCUCGUCAAUGGCCACUCCAUGGUGUCGGUGUCGGCGGCCAUUUCUGAGGUGUACGAGCGGGAGCGGGACCAGGAUGGCUUCCUCUACAUGGUCUACGCCUCCCAGGAGACCUUUGGCGCCGCCGCCAGCAGUGCCGCCGCCAGCGCUCAGUGAAACCGCCUUCCUCUUCACUUCACACCUACCCCCGCGAUUGGACAAUAGUAGUUUAAAGCCCCGCCCCCUUCCACGCUCCCAAAAGAGCAGAGUUUAAAGUAGAGAAAA